GUGAGGUGAAUAGAGUCAGUCACCAAGAGGCAGUGAGAGCAAAUAAACAGCUCGGCACAUUCACCACAACGCACUCACAACUGGAUCUCUUUCAGCUGUACAAUUCCAUAAAACAAAUCCGUCAGCCACUAACUUGGAUUGUAUGAUUCUAAAAUCUAUAGCCAGCCUCUCCGAGUGAUUAUGAAUAACCUGUACCUUCUCACUGUCGGUGGUGAUUUAUAAGCGUCUAUAGAAAAUACAAGUGUUUAAUCAACAUAAGAAAAUUCUACAAUCUUGGGACAAAGUGUGCACUAAGCAGCAGAUUUCUUAAAUGAGCAUUAAGUGGGCUGAUCACUUUAUCAGACCCCCCAGUGUUCAUUCAUUAAAAUGGAUUUUGUUUCAAAGCAAAAUUGUGAAAAAAACAACCGUGGACCGAAAUUUUCAGAGCUUAUUUGCUUGUGACAGGUACUGUAACAAAAUCUGAAACUGUGUUUUACGUGCAUAUAUAUAUAUCUUUAUAUAUAUAUAUAUAAUUUCCUACUGAUUGUUAAAUCUAGACUGUGUGUUAAAAGCCGUGUGUCCAUGUUAAAGGAAACGUGUACAUGGUUUCAAAUAGUCUGGUUACAAAUAAAAUGAAAAAGCAAUGGUAAAACAGUGCAAAAAACAUUGAAUUCUGAAAUACUUGCUCUUUUUGCUCGGCAUAACCCAUGUAAAGCAUAAUUGUCUAUACCAGGGGGAAAUCACGAUGAAAGAAAUAAUCAGUAGGAAAGGAAAACCAAUGCUGCGCCUUCUAGCAAGAUGUCCAGAGACUUGGUAGUUGGCCAUUGUAAAUGCAUCUACAAAUCAGAAUGUUCUCAAAUUUGUCCAAUUCGUCUUAAUUUAAAGACUGCAUUAUAUAUUUAUCUUUGAAUCCGCCUUUCGACAACUAGCUGAAGGCAGUGUGCAAGGAGAAGACAUUUGUAUAAAUGGAGAGCAGAUGAGGGUACUUGACAACACGGCAGUGUGGAUGCAGCAAGUGUUCCUGCAUCUCUUUCACUCACACUCAGCUCCUCGUCUGGCUACUAUGGAUUGCCUGUUGAUUUUCGUUGCAUUUCCUUACAAUGUGAGGAAACGGGAAUUCAGCUAAAUCCACGUGUCACCCCCCCAAAAAAAAUCGCCUGACCUUUUAUAAAGAAAACACAUGCAAACUGUCUGCCAUUUUUUUAAUAUUUCAAUUUAAUAAUAUUUAGUCAGAUGAUCCAGUUCGUUGCUUAUCAUUUUCAUUGAAUAUUACGAAGCCUUUACAGAGCUCACAGGCAAGAAAGCACCGUAGAUGCAGUUGAAAUGUACUGAUACUAGAUCUAUAAAUGCGGACUCUCUCUGGAUACUGUCAACCUCUGGUGGGAUCAUCGAUUUUUAUUGGCUUAUUUGGGGAAAUGACUGAGGGAAAAAAAUGAUAUAAAAUGCAUUGCAGAGUUCUCAAGUUGUGUUUCUCAAAUUAGAAUCGGUAGAAUGAAUACGUGUUGAUACCAGCUACACUUUUGCAGAUGUAAUAAAUACUCAAGUCAAUGCUGUAUUUUGUGUUGUGAAUAUAAAGUGUUUACAUUUAAACCCGAAUGGUGCUGUUACGCUUUGCAAUGCAGUGCAAGUAUCUGCCUCUUGAAAUUACGAUGACUGGGGACCCUGGCUUUUUCAGCUUGUGCUGCUGUUGCUAUUGCUGCUUUAGCUGCUGCCGCAAUACACUGAGUAGUAUCCCACUUGUGUUUUAAAUCAACAGGUUCAAGUUAAAUAACAGCUCAGCUUGGGGAUGUACCUUUCUGUAGCCUUCUUUCUGCUACUCUGGGCUCGCGUAGCCCUGACUCUGAAAAACUUGAACUAUAGUGUUCCCGAGGAGCAAGGACCUGGAACUGUGAUUGGGAAUAUCGGUAAGGAUGCAAAGCUUGGGCUGCCUGAACGAGGUAAGAAGCCCACCUUUCGUGUGCUGGAGAACUCGGCCCCCCACCUCAUUGAUGUGGACGUGGAAAGCGGGCUGCUGUACACCAAACAGCGGAUUGACAGGGAGAACCUUUGCAGGAGGAACCCCAAGUGUCAGGUUUCAUUGGAAGUCAUUGCCAACGAAAGAGAAAUUUGCACGAUCAAAGUGGAGAUACAAGAUAUUAAUGAUAAUUCCCCCACCUUUCUUUCAGAUCAGAUCGACAUUGAAAUAGCAGAGAAUGCCGCCCCAGGCACCCGAUUUCCUCUAGCCAGCGCCCAUGACCCCGAUUCCGGCGUUAAUGGGCUGAGGACUUACCAGAUUACCCGAAAUGACUAUGGGUUAUUUUCGGUUGACGUGAAAUCGAGGGGUGAUGGGACAAAGUUCCCAGAAUUGAUCAUUCAGAAGGCCCUGGAUCGGGAAGAGCAAAGUCACCAUACCCUGAUACUGAGCGCAGUGGAUGGAGGGGAGAGGCCAAGAUCAGGGACCGUGCAGAUCAAUGUGAAGGUGAUUGACUCGAACGACAACAGCCCUGUAUUCGAGGCACCAUCAUACAUUAUCGAAAUUCCGGAGAAUGCUCCGCUUGGAACAGUUGUUAUAGAUCUAAAUGCUACAGAUCCAGAUGAGGGCACAAACGGCGAGGUAGUUUAUUCUUUUAGCGGCUAUGCCUCGGACCGGGUGCGAGAGCUUUUCUCCGUCGAUCCGAAGACAGGCAUGGUUAAGGUGCAAGGUAACCUGGACUACGAGGAAAAUGGCAUUGUGGAGAUUGACAUCCAGGCGAAGGACUUGGGACCGAACCCCAUACCAGCCCACUGCAAGGUGACUGUGAGAGUAGUAGACAAGAAUGAUAAUGCACCCUCUGUCAAUUUUGUGUCUGUCCACCAGGGGGCGAUUAGUGAAACGGCGCCUCCGGGCACAGUUAUAGCCCUGGUACGGGUUAUCGACAGAGACUCGGGCAAAAACGGCCAGCUGCAGUGCCGGGUUUUGGGAAACGUGCCAUUCAAACUAGAGGAGAAUUCUGACAACUUUUACACUGUAGUAACGGACCGUCCUCUUGACAGAGAGGUGCAAGACGAGUACAACGUGACAAUAGUGGCCAAAGACAACGGGAUCCCCCCUUUGAACUCCACAAAGUCUUUCACAGUUAAGAUUCUGGAUGCCAAUGACAAUGCUCCUCGCUUUACAAAAACAACGUAUGUAUUACAAGUACCUGAGAACAACAUUCCCGGGGAAUACUUGGGCUCCGUUUUGGCACACGAUCCCGACCUGGGAGAAAAUGGCACCGUGUCUUAUUCCAUUCUUCCUUCCCACGUCGGGGAUGUAUCCAUCUACACAUAUGUAUCUGUGAACCCCACUAAUGGUGCUAUAUAUGCGCUAAGAUCGUUUAACUAUGAGCAGACAAAAUAUUUUGAGUUCAGAGUGUUAGCUAAAGAUUCAGGGACUCCUCACAUGGAAAGCAACGCCACAGUGAGGGUUACAGUUCUAGAUGUCAAUGAUAACGCACCAGUUAUUGUGUUGCCUAUUUUACAAAAUGACACAGCUGAAAUACACGUUCCAAGAAAUGUUGGGGUGGGUUACAUAGUCACCACAGUUAGAGCUGUAGAUAAUGACUUUGGGGAAAGUGGGCGCCUAACCUAUGAGAUAGCUGAUGGGAACGAUGAUCGACUGUUUGACUUAGAUCCUGUGACUGGGGAGGUAAAGACCGCUCAUCCCUUUUGGGAAGAGGUAGCCCCUGUAGUAGAACUGGUAAUAAAAGUCUCUGAUCACGGUAAGCCAACGCUUUCAGCAGCUGCAAAGUUGAUAAUCAAGGCUUUCUCUGGCUCCUUGCCUUCAGGGGUACCCAGAGUAAAUGGCGAACAGCAGCACUGGGACAUGUCUUUGCCUUUGAUCAUCACAUUGAGUACCAUCUCUAUAAUUCUUCUAGCAGCCAUGGUCACAAUAGCAGUCAAAUGCAAAAGGGAAAACAAAGAAAUAAGAACUUACAACUGCAGAAUUGCAGAGUACACACACCCACAGCUGGGAAAGAACAAAAAGAAAAAAAUUAACAAAAAUGACAUUAUGCUGGUUCAAAGUGAGGUGGAAGAAAGAAAUGCCAUGAACGUAAUGAAUGUUGUGAGUAGUCCUUCUCUGGCUACCUCUCCCAUGUAUUUUGAUUACCAGACCAGACUGCCCCUAAGUUCUCCGAGGUCAGAGGUGAUGUACCUCAAGCCAACUUCAAACAAUCUGACUGUCCCUCAAGGACAUACUGGAUGCCAUAGCAAUUUUGCAGGACAAGUGGCCAGUUCGACAGAGAAUUCAAACAGAAUGUCACUGAUACAGACAGACAAUUUUCCCGCAGAGCCCAAUUACAUGGGCAGCAGGCAGCAGUUUGUUCAAAGCAGCUCAACAUUCAAGGACCCUGAAAGGGCCAGCUUGAGGGAUAGCGGACAUGGGGACAGUGAUCAGGCUGACAGCGACCAAGACACUAAUAAAGGUUCCUGCUGUGAUAUGUCUGCUAGGGAGGCACUCAAGAUGAAAACGACUUCGGCUAAAAGCCAGACACAUGAACAAGAACAAGAUGAAUGUGUUAAUUGUACAGAUGAGUGCAGAGUGCUAGGACAUUCGGACAGGUGUUGGAUGCCACAAUUCACUGGGGCCAACCCAGCAGAAAAUGCAGAUUAUCGCACUAACCUGUUUGUACCUGCAGUGGAAACCAGUGUUGAGGCAGAGACUUUUGAAACUGUGAACCCAAGUGGAAAAAAAACGUUUUGCACUUUUGGAAAAGACAAGCGAGAGCACACCAUACUGGUAGCUAACGUAAAACCUUAUUUAAAAGCCAAGCGUGCCCUCAGUCCUCUUCUUCAAGAGGUUCCCUCAGCUUCAUGCAGUCCAACUAAGACCAACACUGAAUCUUGCAACUCAGCAAAAGGACUGUUGGAGAACAGUGAAGUAAAGACUGCAAACUUGGCAGAUUCAAACAGUCAAUACUUGCCAGCUGACAGCCAGUACCUUUUGCCAAACAAACAAACACUAGACAACCAGUACAUUCCAUCUGAUCAGAUGGCAAGAGUUUUUGCUGAUGUACAUUCACGGGUGAGCCGAGACUCAAGUGAGAUGGAUUGUGUUCUGGAUCAGCUAGAUCACUCCAGCAGAGAUCUAGGUCGAGAAUCCGUAGACGCCGAGGAAGUUGUGAGAGAAAUAGAUAAACUUUUGCAGGACUGUCGUGGAACUGACACUGUGUCUUUGAGAAAGUAAAGAUAUACAAAAAAAACCUGACAGGUUACAACUUAAUGCCUGUCUAAAAGUUCCAUAAAAUUUCCCUGGCUGUGAAUAUUACACAGGGAUAACUAAAACAGAGCAGUGCUGCUUUAAGGCUUUUUAGUGAACAUCUGAAGUGCCCACAAAUUCUCAUCAAUACCACAGCUCUUUAUUUUAUUUUUUGUUUUGUUUUGUUUUUCUAAAUGCAGUAGGAGUGUGUUUUAUUUUGACCAAAUUUACAUUAGGAUUAAGUCAGCUAAGUUCUGAUGAAGGACAUUAUGACAAUCUAAAGGAAAGCUAUAAUGUAAGAAGAAAAAGGUUAAUAUAAUACAACGGUUACCUGUACUGUUUACUACUGACUGAUUUGUUUACCGUUUUAACCACUGAGCAGUAAGGCUAAAGUAAAAUGUAAUGCUGGCUUCUAUAGGACAUUGUGAAACAAGGCAAAUGUGUUAGUAUUCCUAGUUAAACCAAACCUCUGCAGUCAAUCGUAGUAAACAUAACUGUAUAAAUGUUUUUGUCAUUAAGAACAUUCCAGAUCAUGAUUCUAUAAACCAUAUAUUAACUAUUUUGUAAACACUUCAUAGUAUAUGACAGUUUAAAUGUAAAAUGAACAACUCCCUGUUUUGUCCUGUAGACAGACAAAUGUAUAAACAAAAAGAUUCACAGAUCCAUGUACCCAUACACACACAUAAACACACACACACACACACACACACACACACACACACACACACACACACACACACAUGCAAAUUAACUCAAAGACUCGUAUACUCACAUAUACAUACACACACCCUCACACAUACACACACACACACACACACACACACACACACACACACACACACACACACACACAAAGAUACAUACAAAAACAAGUUAACACUUUAGAAGGAUAUUUUAUACUGUUCAAGCAUUUUAGUGUCCAUGAUAAUACGUGCAUAUAUAUAUAUAUAAAUAUAUACUGGGAAAUGUAUCUAGUUAAUGAAAGUUAAUUUGGGAAAAAUAUAUAUACUGUUUAAUAAUCUUUUGUGCAUUCCUUCUGGACACUAAAAGAUAAAUGGAAGGGAAAAAUGUCAAAGAAUUUAACACCUGUCACAAUGCCGUUUAAUGUGCAAAUGUAUGAGCCUGUAAUGUGUUUACAUCAAAUGACAUAUUUUUAUUGAUUUAUUGCAAUUUCAGUGCAUAUGAGCCAAAAUUGUUGAGUGUACAACAGCUAUAUUGUGUAUUUUAUUAAAUUAAUAUAUAGUUGUGUUGCAAAAAUAUUUGGGCUUAUACUGUAAAUGGCAAGUGUUGCCUUAGUAUCUGUCAAACUCUAUGAGUUUUUUUCAUCCUGCUUCCCUUUUCCUGUGGAGCGUGAGAAGCAGUGCGUAGGAAAAAGUAUGUUGUCAAAUGUAUGGUCCCAAAAUGACUUCAGCAUGUGCGCUGUUCAACAUGUGCUGAAAAAGCUACCAAUAUUAAUCAAGCUCAAGCUAAUCACAAGCACUUCCAUAAGUGCUGGCAGUUCACAAUUUCCAUGCUCUUACCUUAUUUAAUUUAAAACCUAAACAAUGGAAGACAAGUAAUAAUGGUUCCUACAACUACUCUCAGUCAUUUCAGUCAAAUGGGCAAGCUCCCAUGAUUCAGAAGAAAAUAUCAUUUAAUCCAAAUGUACUGAAUAAAGGGGAGAUAUUUGGUAACAUUUCUCAACAGACGUUCUGUAUGUGACCUGUCUUUUAGAGUGGUUCAAAUAAUCUGAUGUUAUAUAUGAAGAAACAGUUAAGUAAAGGAAUCUUCUGUAAACAUAUUUAUAGUAAGAUAUUAUAUGUUAGCCAAACAAUGUGCCUCUCAUCUGAAAAGUGAACUGUGUUUUGAAAUGUGCUGUCAUAUUGUAUUACUUCAUUUAUCUUACAAGAAGUAUAUACAUUUUUUAAAAGAUGAA